AUGGGAGGACCAAGUGCAGCAGGAGCAGGAGCUGGACUGGGAGGCUCAGCAGUAACAACAGGAGGAGGAGCCGGGACAAAGCGUCCGGCUGCAUCCGAGCUGCAGCGAAGUGCCGGCUCGGGCGCCACGCCGUCCAAGAGACAUGCCACCAAGUCGUCAGCCGGUUCUGCUGUUGGUGCUAUGUCUAUGUCGGCUGCCGGCACAUCAUCGCAAGGGGGCCCGGUGCAGAUGCCUCAAUCGAUAUCACAACCGAUACUCAUGCCGCCCAACAUGGUGUCCGAGGACCAGCUCAUCGGCCGGACGCCUGACCAGUUGAUCGAGACCAUCUUGCGCAUCCAGGCCCAACACCAGCAGUAUGUCGCAAACAUAUCCGCACAGUACGACACCAUCAACCAGCAAUUGAACGAGCUCCGUGGAAGUCUAGCCGCCUUCUACCAUGGGCAGGCAGCAUCGCAUCAGGCCGCCGCUUCACAACUACAGCGUUCGCCCGCAGGGUAUCCCGAGCCUCCUCGAAUGUCGCGACCAACCGCAGUCCCCGUACCCGCCGUACUCCCGCAACAGCAACAACAGCCCCCGCUAGGUCCUCCGCGAUUGACACCAUCGCAUCACAAUCAGCGUCCCUCCAGACCACCGCCGCCCCAGUCUCCGCAAGCGCCACAUACCGACACGCGUCUUGUGCCAAAGACGGGGACUGCGCAGUCCCCACAGACACCAGGGCCUCCUGCCUACGACUACAGGACAGUGGGCACAGUCGAGGAGGUAUGGAAAGAAUACAAAGAAGGCAUGGAUGGCCAGCCCGCUAUCGAAGAGCUGGACGCCACUUGGGGGUCGAGAUGGAGACCAGAGCCACGCGGGCGGACGUGGUAUUCGAGGCGCAAGGUGAUAUGGGAUAAGAUUAAAGAGUACAUCGCGGACGGCAUGGACGAUGAAUCAGCGGUUCGGGAAGUGGAGAAGCUUCGCGACGGAGGCACCAUCAACAAGCUGAUUCGCAUGUUACAAGAAGAGCGCAAGGAGAAGGGAAUUCCGGACGACAACGUGGGCGCAUAA